UUCAAUCCGCGCGGAGUUCCUCUCCAGGUGUUCCCGGCGGCUCCUCCUGCUGCUGCUGCUGCCUGGCUACAUUGUAUCAGUUCCCACACCAAGAAACUACCGCGCCGUUCACUCGCAAACGGCAAAUACGGAGGAAUUAAACCCGAGUGGAGAGAUUUAUUCGCCGCGGGGACUAAUUGGCGGAGAGUCGCGGGGCAGGGAGCGGGCUGUGUUGUCGCGCCUCCAUCAUGUCUCCCCCCCUCCGGGCUCGGGUAGUCUUCGCUGUUGACGCCGACGUUAUCUCCACUUGAGACGGCACAAGUCCAGUGAAUCGCCGGCCUCCCCUCCUCUCCUGCGGGUGCAUGUCUCUGGGGCUUUUCUCCAGUCUCAAGUGCGAUUCAAAUGGUGUGACUUCUACUUCUUUUUAACGGAGUGCCUCGCCAUGGACGGACGGGGAGCCGGAAUGCAAAUGGCGAGUAGCUAAGUCGAACAAAAUGCGGCCAAAUGGAACGAGAACGUUUAGAACGUGAAGAUUCUUUAUCCCUCACCCCUGUGUCCCAACGGUCCGAGAUAGCGUUGGACCUCACCGAGGCAAUCCUGGGCCGUUGGCAAUAAAAUGUCCCUAAGUGGUGGCACUGCAGGCGGGAAAGGUGUGGACUCUAAUGCGGUGGACACUUACGACAGCGGGGAUGAGUGGGAUAUCGGUGUUGGAAAUCUGAUUAUUGACCUUGACGCUGAUUUAGAGAAGGACAAACUUGAGAUGUCUGGUACCAAGGACGGCAUGGCGGCACCACCCAGUGCAGUGGCAGCAUUGCCAGACAACAUCAGGUUCGUUAGUCCAGUGUCUGGCUCUCAAGGCAAGGAAACCAAAUCCAAAUACAAGCGCAACAAAAACUCUAAAGACAAUAAUAGCAAAGCUUCCACUGGAGAUGGGGGCAAAAAGGAAACUGCAGGACGGACUCAAGGCGAGCCAACCGGCACAGCAGCGGGUGCAGCCGUGGCAGGCAACAAUUCAACCUCUGGAAAGAACACAGAAAAAGUGGGGAAACCCUCCAGAGGUGUCCUGAGUGGCAAAAAAGACAAAGAAGGGGCGACAGGAAAAAGUAAAAAGGACAAAACCGACGGAGCAGCGGUUGUGGCGAUUGCUGCAGUGGAGAAGGAGGUUGUGUCUCAAGUACAAGUUGCUCUGGGGAACAGUCGUAAUACGAACUUUGACAGCACACAACCGACAGACUUGGUCGAAGCCAAUCAAAUUGGGAAUAUCACUCUUGAGCCUGUUGGAAUAUUACCAAUAUUAACCACAAAAACUGAGACAGAGGAGAUAGAAAAUGGUACUAUUGAAUGCAAGACGUUGAAGAAGGUGAAAAAUGAAAAGAUGGAAUCUCCUGUCUCAACACCAGUCCCUCCCCCCCUACAUCUACUUGCCGCAGUAGGCAACAGUGAGAUUUCCUCGCCAUGUGAACAGAUAAUGGUGCGCACACGCUCAGUGGCAGUGAACACUUCCGACGUGGCCCUUUCUACGGACCCUGAGUGCUUAGGACCCUGUGAACCUGGCACCAGCGUAAAUCUUGAAGGAAUUGUCUGGCAGGAAACUGAAGAUGGAAUGUUGGUGGUGAAUGUUACUUGGAGAAACAAGACGUACGUGGGAACUCUGUUGGACUGUACACGGCAUGACUGGGCUCCGCCUCGUUUUUGUGAAUCCCCGACAAGUGACCUGGAAAUGAGGAAUGGCCGGGGCCGAGGUAAGCGGAUGAGACCAAACAGCAACACCCCCAUCAACGAGAACAGCAACUCGUCAGACAACAAAGGCGCCACCAACAACAAGACGCGUGCUGCCUCGAACACCAAGGGCCGAAGGGGAAGCCAGACUCCCUCGGAGCGUCGCACUCCACCCAACAGCAACACAGAGGAUAUUAAGGCCAGCCCCUCACCAGCUGGAAAACGUAAGACCAAACCUGCCUCAGACAUGGAGCCCAAUUCUAGCUCAGAGGACACCAAAGGCAACAAACGCAUGCGGACAAACUCUAACAAUGGAGGGAUUGGGCUAACAGGUCUCCUCAUUCCUUCUAUCAAGGCUGAGCCACUUUUGCCUCCUGUUGAUCGGAGCUGUCCCUCACCUGUUCUUAUUGACUGCCCUCAUCCCAAUUGCAACAAAAAGUAUAAGCACAUUAAUGGUCUCAAGUACCACCAAGCCCGUGCUCACACCGACGAGGAUGUGAAGUUGGAAUUAGAUGUAGACAGUGAAUACGGAGAGGACUCAACACUUCACCCUGAACCUGGGAACUGUAAUGGAGCAUCCAUCUCCCAUAAAGGAUCACUGUCUCCUGCCAGGUCAGUCACUCCAAAAGGAAGGAACUUUGAAGUUCAAAGUCCUUCCCCGUCACCGGGAAAGUUUUGCUCAAAGCAGAGCAAAAAGAAAAUUGCUGAAACUGAUCCAGAAAGUGGAGGCACCCCAAUGGAAGUAUGUGAUGAUGGGGCAUGCCUUACUGAUGAAGCCAGUAAUGAUGGUAUCGAUGAAAAGAGAGGCUCUGAUAAGUCAAAAAAAGGCAGCACAAAAGCUGAUAAAAUGGCUCAGAAAAAUAUGAAGUCACCUCGGACAGUCGGCACUGGCUCUUCAGCAUCACAGCAACUGUUCUCUUUUCCACCGGGAAAUCCAAAUUCUUCUCCAGGACUUGCACCGGUGUUGCAAGGAAUCCCGAAGAGCCCCCAAAUGAAAGGAACACAACCCAAACCCCCUGCCAUUGGAGAUCCUCCCCCAUGUAGUUCCAAAGACAAGAAGAAGAAAGAGAAGAAGAAAAAGGAUGGUGGAAAGGAGGCUGACAGUCCCAAGUCUCUGGCAAAGGGAGGGAAACUGGAGGAGGUAAACCCACCGUUCUCAGAACCGUGUGAGCAGGGGAAUAAGGCUGAAGGGCUUCUUAAUGGUUCCUCAGAUCCUCAUCAAAGUCGUUUGGCAAGCAUUAAGGCUGAGGCUGACAAGAUCUACAGUUUUUCUGAUAAUGCCCCAAGUCCAUCCAUCGGUGUAGCCAGUCGGAUAGAUGGCAGUGGAGUGCCACAGCCUCUUACGCCUCUCCACAUGGGAAACCAGAAUGGUGCUGAUAACUCCUCUGUAAAAACGCACAGUCCAGCCUACUCGGACAUCUCUGAUGCUGGUGAGGAUGGUGAGGGGAAAGUAGAGGGGGUAAAAAAUAGGACAGAGGACCAGUCACUCAGAGAAAGUGUCAAAAAAGCUCUUUUUCCAAAUCAGACACCCAGCAAAGAUUCCCCAUACUAUGCUGGCUAUGAAACAUAUUACUCGCCUAAUAAUGUCAACCCCAGUCCUAGUGGGCCUAAUGCAGGUACACCGGUGCCAGAAGGUCAGGUGAAGAUUAAAAGGGAGGAUGACCAGGAUCAGGUUGAGGAGAAAGUCAAGAUUGAGGUUCAUGAGGAUCGCAGACUUGAUAUAGUUACUGGCCAGCAGCAGCAGCAGCAGCAACAGCAACAACAACAGCAGCAGCAGCAGCAACAGCAACAACAGCAACAGCAACAACAACAGCAGCAACAACAACAGCAACAACCAUCUGUUAUUCAACAACGAUCCAACAUGUAUAUGCAACCUCUUUACUACAAUCAGUAUGCCUAUGUACCUCCUUACGCGUAUCAUUCGGAUCAGGCCUACCAUAACCAUUUAAUGAACACUAACCCAGCCUAUCGACAGCAGUUUGAGGAACGCCAGCGACAAAUGGCAGAGCAGCAUCGUGCUGCAGAGAAAAAGUCUGACAUUGCCCUGAAAGAAAGAGAAGCUUCCAUUAAGGAGGAGUGGAAACAAAAGAGUCCAAUGCAGCCAAACCUUUCCAAAACCCCCAUUCAGUCUGAUCUUGGAAAGACGCCACAGCCUACUAACAAAUCCAGAGACUCGCCUUCUGAGGUUUCGUCCAAAUCUAUGGGAGGCAUUAAGGGGGAAGACACAAAGUCCCAGCAAGCUGAAGGGCUAAAGAUGAAGCUGACAGAGGGACACCAUGGGAAGGAGGACUUGAAGCAAGCACUGGAUUCAAGAUGUCAGGCUGGCACAGAGCAGACUAUGUGGUACAGACAGCAGUACCCUGAGAACCAAAAGGCCUUGGCGGAAAGUGAACACCAGCACCAACAACCACGAUGGAAGGAUGAAAGAGACAGAGAACGGGAACGUGAUAGGAAAUCAAAGGACGAAAGGUGCAGACAUAAGGACAGUCAAAGUGGGCUCAAGGAGGAGAGCAAAGAAAGUACUGACCCUCGGAUACAUUCUGAGGAACUUCGGAUGCUGAGCAAAGACUCGCGUACAAAUCCCCACUUGCAGUUCUCAUCACCACUAGCGCAGCAUCAAGGAUACAUGCCCUACAUGCAUGGUUACCCCUAUGGACAAGGUUAUGAUCCCAACCACCCUGGUUACAGGGGCAUGCCUUCGGUCAUGAUGCAGAACUACCCAGGUUCUUACCUUCCCGGAGGCUAUCCUUUUUCUCCAUACGGCAGUAAAAUAGUUGGCGCUGAAGAGGCCAGCGACAAAUCUCGCACUAGCCCGACAGUCAACAAGAUGGCAACAGACUCCAAAGCGCUAGAGAUCCUACAUCAACACGCCAGCCAAUACAAAAGCAAAUCUCCGACAGUCGGCGACAAGCCCCCCCUUGAGCGAGAGCUGGACCGAGGAGCUGGCGGAGAAAGGGAUCGGGAAAGAGAUGUGGACCGGCCACGCUCCUCGCCUUCCCAGCGGAUGAUGCCCUCUCACCACCACCUUGGAUACCCGCUGCUCUCAGGGCAAUACGACCUGCCCUACGCCACAGGGAAGCCCGAUCGUCACACCUCCACCCUGCAAAGAUUCAUGUGACUGGCUCACAUGUGCAAAGGAUGCUCCUCGUCUUAGACAUCAGUUGAAUGGUGUUUGUGUCUCUUUGGUCUGCCUCGGUGUCGGCAGCUUGUCCCUCCUCCGUGACGCUUGGACUCGUGCUCCAGGUUUGAAAGCCAUCGCUCCCCCCCUCCCCCUCAUGCAGAGGAAACGCCCCCCCUCCUCUGACUUACUAGUCUUUGCACUGUCAACAAACACAAUGCAAAAAUAGACUGUUGCUUUUCUUUGACUGCAGUGUUUUUUGUUGUAAACAGAAGAAACUAGCAGAGGUUUCCGGGGGGGAUUUGGUGACUGAUGGCAAAGGGGAGUGAGACUUUAAUUAAAGACUUGCAGAGAAAAUCUUAUUGAGAUGAGUUCAAUUUAAUGUCUGUGGCAUUUUGUAUGCCCGUGAAGCAACAAUAUAUCCGCAACUUGACAAAUGUUUGGUUCUAUUUCAUUGUGGAGAGAGGAUCACGGCAACUGCUGCUCACUUCAGAGACUCAACAACCCGAGACUGAAGUUUUCAUCCUCACUGUCACUUAUAAUUAUUAUUAUUAUUAUUUCCCACGUUUGAACACCGCAGUUCAUGUUUCAGGGAUGAUGUCAGUGUGCUUUGGCCAAGGGACCGCUAAACCUCAACAGAGAAUAUAAACGUGAGCGUCUGUCGGACAACUUGCGUUGGGUUACUGAUCGUCACCGUUUCAAUGUCAGAAUGCUAGUUUUGAUGCUGUCUCUAUUUACACGCUCGUUAGCAUCAGCUCACAUUUCAACACGCCUUCAGCUUGCAUACAAGUUGUUUAGAUUGGCUGUGUGUACAUGUGUGUGUGUGUGUGCGUGUGUCUGUGUAUGUGUGUGUGCGCGCGCAUAUCACUUCGGCAAGUUUCAUUGUGCAUUUUCCCUCUUUUGGCUGCUGUUUUACUCAACAAGAACAACUGAUAGGCCUGGGCCCAUAAAUCAAUUAACCAAACAAUAACUGAUAUUGCUGUGAAUCUUUGGGCACCUUCCAAUUCUGAUUCCUGGGGUGACCAUUCGAUUCACAAAAUUAGUAAAACCGAUUUCCACAAUGUAUUUGGUAUAAUAAUUAUAAUGAAACUUUUUCAAAACAACAGGUUAGAACAUCUCCUUCUGGUUGCAUGGAGAUGGCCCCCCCAAAAAAAUUUAUAGAUUUUUCGGUGCACGCCUUAACUAAAAAUGAACUCUAUAUCUGGAUAAUGUGCUACAGUUUGUCUGUGUGUUUUCUUUUGUUCAUCUCAAGCUUUUAAACAGGGUGCCCGAGCGCAUUUAUUUAAUCUUGUCAGUCAUUAACAAUCUUUGUGUCUGUGGAUGGAGGAUUCUCGAACAAAGCCUUGCAAGUCGUUACUCGUUAGGGAGAGCACUGUAAGCUAGCAGAAAUUAGGCUUGAAACGAGUGAGCAAGGUGAGACACAAACUAACAUGAGAGUAUGCCCAAUUUGUUGGAAAGUGAUGACAUUAAAAAAAUAUUUAAUUAAUAUUUAUUGAAGUGCACUUUUGUUAACAUAGAUUGAGUCAAUGUUGCCUUCAUUUGAUUACUUAUUUGGGAUAAUUAAUAGUUCUUAACCUUCCAAUUACAAAGGUAAAAAUAAAUACUAAUGAGAAAUCCAAGUUUAUUGAGUUAUGAAAGGAAAACGGUCUCAAAAUAAUGCUGACAAUGAUAUUGUUUAUCGACAAUUUGGGGGACUAUAUAUCGGCCAAGCAAAAUGUGUUGUCGGCCCAGGCCUAACAACUGAUCCCACACACACACACACACACUCUUCUUACCUGGCUUUGGACCAGUCCUAACUUGACACCUUGGCGAUCUCUUGGGCCAAUGCCAUUUAUGAUGUCGUACAUCAAACGUCUAGCAGGAGAAGAUAGAAAUGCAGACAGAAAUUAGUUAUGAGACAAAACAAGCAUUAAACAGUAAAAAUAUUAUGAUACAAAAAUACAAAUAUCCAAUGUGUCAUAUUUCUUCAUUUGGAUUUCACUUACACUACUCACAAAACGUUAGGAAUAUUUGACCGAAGCCUAAACUUUAAAGGUAAACUUCUAUAAACUUUAGAAUGCACAUCAUGGUUCAAUGUUUCUAUACUUUUUGCACAAACUGCUGUUCUAUAACACUGGUGUCAAACUCAAGGCCCGGGGGCCACAACAUUUUAUGUGGCCCGUACUUUAAAGUAUUUAUUCUUUCCAUUCUGACAGAACAAAACACAUGGACUGCAUACAGUUGCAUAUCUUUUUAACUUUAAUAUUGUCUACUAAUGCAACAAUUUACAUAUAUUCCACAAAAUGUAAUCAAGUGUAAAUACAUACUUAAAUAACUACUUGACUUAUAUUAUCCAUCAAAUUGUACUCUAACAAUAACAAUAGAUUGAACCAGGGGGUGUACAGAAACAUUGAUUCAAAUCCGAAUCGUGAUUCUUAUGUAUUUUUUUAUUCUAAAUUUAUGUAUUGAUUAAAAAAAAAAAACAUUUUUAAGAAGAAUCCAUUUUUAAAAAGACGUUUCUAGGCCAUCUCCAUGCAACCAGAAGGAGGUUUUCUUACCUGUUACCUGUUUUAAAAACGUUUCAUUAUAAUUAUUAUACCAAAUGAUAUAGUGCUAGAAUCGUGUUGAAUGGAGAAUCGAUUCUGAAUCAAAUAGUCACCCCAGGAAUUGGAAUCGGAUUGAAUCGUUAUUUGCCCAAAGAUUCGCACCCCUUGAUAGUACAGUGAAAAACCGGCUGCUCAAUGGCUAGAAUUUAAUCGUAAAAAAGACUACUGCACGUUUUUACAGUACAACAAAAGUGCCAGCAUUUCACCACAAAUGCUACAGAUGUUUUUAACCGUGUAUGAUAAACACAUAGGCAAUUGUGUUAAAUGAAUAGGGCGACUCCUUACUGUAUACAUUUCUAUUCAAAUAUUAUUCAGUUACAAGCGACCCUCAAUGAUAGCCAGUUCAAUAACAAGGAAAUAAUCAAUAAAUAUAAUGUUUUAAUUAAAAUUGGUAUUUAAACAAUUCUGUACAUGUUAAUGACAUCCUGACACAAAUACCUCCCCUAACAGUCAAUCACCAGUGUGACUGAGGCUGAAAACAGGAUCUUCUCAGAGGGAAGGGCCCGCUGAGCUUACGAGUGUCAGCAGAGACUGGAAAAGUGGCAGAAACGCACAUUUUGGAGAGCAUUUUAACUCCUUGUUAGGGAACACAUUGUGCACAAAUGACAAAAACAUUGAACAGUUGCUUAUUUUAGCUUCAUCCUGAAGUUAUUUUCAAUUUUUUCCCCGAGUCAGACAAUGUUUGGUACGAUGGAUGGCGUGGUUAUCUGGAUACAAAACAAAGCGGUCAUAACCUUACCAUUCACUUUUUUGGAAUUUUGCCCAUCGUUCACAAUCAUGAGAGACAAGAACACGCAUGUCUUUUUAUUUAUUAAGAUUUUAAAGGCCAUAAACGCUUGAAAGAUGCGGCUAACCCUCCAUCAAAGUUUUAUAUACACACUGCAAGUCUAUAUAUAACGUUGUAACAGACAUGUUCAUAACAAUAUGUAAUAUGUUCAAUAUUUACUGUAUUUUGAUCAUUUUAAUCGUGUCCGUUUCCAUAGCAGCACACGUCUGACUUCUAGCAACAAUGUGUGUUUCUACUUCCCGAUACAAAACGCUUGUGUGCUUUAAUAAUGGCAGACUUGCUAACAAACAAUGAAGAUGACUCUUUUUGGACAAAUGAGGAUUCACAACCUUAUCUUUUUGAAGCUGAAUAUACGGAGAAUAUUAUAGAAGCGAACACAAAGAAGGGAAUAAAACGUUGGAGCAGACGGAAGCUGCAAAAUGUGGAAUUUGGAGUCAAGCUAUUUAAACAUAAAUGGAGUGCUUACCCCAAAUAAACCAUAAAAAACGUCCGCGGCCAGCUGGACCAAAGAGACAACUGUCCAUCGAGUGAGUCACACUUUGUAUUAAUCAUGACACAUGCAGCACAUCAUCAUGUGUGUAUCAUGACAGAGAGCAUACGCUGUCUGGCUAGCUGUGUACAAACAAAACAUGAAGUGUGGGCUAAUACUUUACAGAAACUGUAAUAUGAUUGUUCGUGUUUUUCAGUCAGUACAGAUUGGUGUUUUAUCGCAAAGUUGUGCAUUACAAACUCAAACGUGUUUCUUGUUGACAUUAUAUCUUGCCAUAGUUAGCUUUUACGGCUAAUACUGACGCACGCCGAUGUGUUACUAUGCUAGAAAGAGAGUUCCUCAGUGUUCGCUUACAAUAACAAUACCGCUAAAGCUUGGUUAUUAUACAGGUUACGGAACGAAAUUUGAAGUAUUGUUGACAAUUUUUUAAUGCAUUUUUAAAGUCAUACCUAGAAAUUUUUUUUACAUGUUAGAAUGCAAAAAAACCAACUUUUGUCUUCUUCUCUCAUAAUGAUUGUGAACGAUAGGCAACAUUUUUAAAGUGCAGUUCCCCUUUACCAAUACAACGGGGAAAACCCCAAAUAAUCACAGCAGUUAACCUCACACAAAAACAAGAGUUACCGUACUUUCCGUACUUAUUUUCCUUUUUCCCAAGCUUUGAACCCUGCGGCUUACACAAAAGUGCGGCUAAUCUAUGGAUUUUUCUUUACUCACAGCUAAAUUAUGGAAUGGGUUAAACAAAAAAUCAAACAAUGUACUAAAAUGAUCCAUUUUAACUGUUCAAACUCAGUGAAAAGUACAAGGAAAACGAUUCUUGAUAAAAAUCUCAAACCUUAUUAAAAAAGAACAUUUUAUUAAUCUCAUGAAGGAUGAAUAAAGACAUUAAUGACUUUUCUGUUUUGUUUGAUCAGCCGUUUUACUGCCGUGUUACAGGCACCAUUUGUAAACAAUUAAGAUAUGUAAAACAUUUACAUCAUCUUUCUAUUUAAAUAUAUAAUUUCACAGUGCGGCUGUUAUAUGACAUUUUUUUCUUCUAAAAUUUAGUGGGUUCUUCUUUGUAGUCCGCUGCGGCUUAUGGUCUGGAAAUUACGGUACUUGUACAUCCAAAGGACUAAACAGAACAAGACUAAUUACUGAAAAAAAACAUGUAAAUCAUGUAGAAAAACAUACAUGGGAGAAACAGGCGGCACAUUCAACACAAGAAAAAAAAACAUUGUAAAGAAUGUGAAAAAGAGACAACUGGAAGAUUCACAAGAACCCUAAAACAAGAUUCUGAACAGGAAAUCUUAAAAUCAGCCAUAUCAAAUAAUUUCAAAAUAAAUAACCACAUCAGGGACUGGGACAAUGCCAAAAUCAUUGCUAAUAAAUUCAAAUGAUGACUUGACUUGACAGGUGUGCCUGGUUGGCCACGCCUAUAAGAACAGCUGAUGGGCGACAGUGGUCAGGUGACCCCUUAAUCGAAGACUGCAGAUGGCAGUCCGAACAUGUCAGGUAAAAAAUCCGUCCAUUGUACCGAAAAUAUUGUCUGACUCGGAAGAAAACUGCGAAGUAUAUGAAGAAGACAUAAUGAACCUUUUUGAGAUCCAUCCUGAAGUUUCAAACAAAUAUCUGUAACUACUUCUUGUGAGUAGUGUGUGUGUUGCUGCAUUGUAUAUUCAAAUGUUUACUUUGACAUCAAUCCCAGAAAUGUGGACACCAACCACACUUUGAACAUGUGUGCAUUCAUUUCAACACAGUUGAACGUCCUCAGAUACAUCAAGUAACCCUAACCCAAGUACAAAAACACCUCCUUGAUGUGUUUGGACCCCGUAAACGACGACAAAAGGCUGAAUCUGAUGAACGUGGUGUUUGAUUAGUAUUUAAUCUGUCAGGCUAAUACAUGAUCAUGUAGGCAGCUGUGAUGUCAAGUCAGUGGUGGUUCUAGUACCAGCAGACUGCAUACAUACAGUAGUGUGAUACAAUAAUGGUUGUGACAAGUGCAUUUGUUUGCUCAGAGAGUAGUAAUAUAAUCUCAGUAGUCAGCAAAAAAAGCCCUGUGAAAAUAAAUCCUAUAUUCUAUUUUGAAAAAAAAAAUUAAAAAAAAAGUGUAUGAAAAGCCAGAAAGGUUCAUGUUUGCUUUCAACAUAACGGAAAAUGUUUAGUUUCAUGGUGCAGAGUAUAUUUAUUGGCCAGCAGUCGGUGCCUAGUUGAACUUUCUCGACGCCUCGUCUCGUUCGUCCUUCCCUGACCCCACUUCCUGUCACACAAAGUACCGCCAGCGGUGCUUGCAAGGAUGUUUACAAUGUCUGCGAAGUCUUCUUUUCUAUGUUAGACAUCCAGAACUUUUUCUUUCUCUCUUCCACCCUCUCCUCUUCUCUCCCUCCCUUCAGGAGUUUGUGAAAAGUGUACAUUGCCAUGGUUCUUUUUUUGAUACAAUACUCUGUAACUUGCCUUUGUAAAUUUGGGCUGGAAAAAAUAAAUCUUUUUAUGAGACAAUCUGUCCUAA